AUGUCAGAAAACCAUUCAAUAAUCAGUAUUGAUGAGUUUGAUGAGCCUGCCCAACUCACUCAGACUUUCUGUGCCAAACUAUCAGAGGAGGAAUAUGAAGAGCAAACAGCCACAGAAACGGAGAAAGCACUUGAGGAAUUAAUGGCAUACAUUGAGAGAAAUCCUGAAGCUUAUGGCAAAGUUCUACAAAAACGCAAGCAAGAUGAGCAGGAGGAGGCAGGAGUUCUGUCUUAUUUGAAGGUGAAGAUGGUGUCCAUGUUUACUGGGGGUGUGUACCCAGGCAGUGAGGUAACCUCCGAGGAACUUAACCAUAAGGUCGCCAAGCUCAAAACAUCCAUGACAAAAGUCUUCAACUAUUCUCAAGAAACAAAAGGUCGUCGGACAUCAAAGCGGCUGGCAGAGAAGCGAGGCCAUGCUGGAGUUCAGCAGGAUGAGAAUUGUCCUAUUCCUGUAGCUCACAUUUUCCCGACCAACACUCAGCAGCCUGUCCCACCCCCACCCCCUCCUCCCCCUCCCUGCCUCCCAGAGGGCAGCCCGUCUCUCACCCCUGUAUCACGUCUUAUUAGGACACCCCUCAGAGACAAAAAUGCUCAGAUGUGCACAGCUUCCUCUAACAGUUCUAGUCAAGCAAAGAAAACCCAUGUAACAAGAGCCCUAAGGUCUAAUAUGGGUGGGAAUUCCACUUCAUCUCUCUCCUCGCUGAACAGUGAACUCAACUCCUCCAAUCCUCUGAAACGACUGAGAGCUACAGGUUUGGAUAAAUCCCCUGGGGGAACCCCUGCCAGAACCCCUGUCCACCGCAGGAGGCUGGCUCGUCACGGAUCAGGCUCAAGUCUUGCAUCGUUUAAUUUGGACGACCCGCUUCAUUUGUGUUUCCAGAACAUCCUGGAGCAAAAAUUCCGCAAUGUGCGGUCGCCAAGUCCCGUGGGCAGAUUUAACAAUGCCACCAGCCCGGCCACUUCUUUCAUCAACAGCCAGGGAUUUACUCCUUAAUUUGCAAGAGACUGUGCUUUGUAAUUGUUUGAUAAAAUGAUAAAGUUCAAAAUAUAAAUUCAAGUUCUCUGGCGCAGUAGAUCACCCAUGAUUUUGUGGAAUUUCAACCAACAAAUCACCAAAGUUGAUGCAAAAAUUAUAUGAAUUGGCAUGUUAUUGUUUUACCGUAAAUAGCAUCAUGUCACAUGGUUUUUCACAAACUGACCAUCCUUCUGUACUACUCAUACAGCAAGAUAAUUAACUGGAUAAUAAAAUUCCAUGAACUUGUAGGUGAUUUACUGGACUUGCCAACUUAAAUCUAUUGAAAAUGUAAAUUUAUGUACAUAAUGUCAAUUUGAUGCCACAAAGGCCAAUAACUCUUCUCAUUAGAAGAUUCAUUCAUUUAUUCAUGUAUUCUUACAUCAAGUACAGUCAUUUUCCAGCAUCUUAAUAAUAAUAAUAUAUAUUUAUGUCAGACUGUCAUUGUGCAAUAACAGGGAGAUACGAGCGCAUCUGUUGUCCUCAUCAAUGAUUUUGAACACAUUUCUACCGGUUGUACAAUAGCAAACUUAACUUGUAGAAAAAAAAUGUGUAUUAAAAUUUAGACGUAUGUUAGAGGUCAUUUUGUUUAUAUGUUAUUAUGCAUGUUCUGUUUGCUGUAAAUUAUGAUGUAACUGAAGAAAUCAUAGUACAGUUGUGUCAUUUUCUUCUGAUUGUUCGUGACAAGACAGAUAUUUGCAAUGAACAACAUCUCUUUAAGAAACAAGUGCAGAUUUGCAGUUCAGGUAGUUGACAUAUGCCAUGCAUAGGAUUUUGUAUCAUCUUGCGUUCGUGCUCCCUUUGUGAACAGCCCAUGUUAAAAAAGAGGAUGUCAGAAAUUUAUCCAACAGAUUGACGGACCGAACAAGCAAAAGAGCUGCUCAUUGCUCAAAGUUUUACAACUUGUAAAGAAGGAUAUGGUGUAAAAACGAUGAAGUCCUUUUUUCAUGUGUGACCAGGCCAUGUUAUGAGUUGGUUGGUCAGAUUUUCUUGUAGAUUUUUUGCACACAUUGAUCUAUAACUUACACUCAGGUAGUAACCAAUCUAUUAAUCAGGCAAAUGGGUAUCAUUAUAAGCCAAUCUAUUACCCUGAGCCUCAUACAGU